AUGCGCAUGACAGGUGUGCGCAAUAAUAAACAGCCAGGUGACCUAGAGGCUGGAGAGGGAGCACACGUGACAGUACUCCCCUCCCCGACACACGGCACUAGCCGCAGGACUGAGACCAAAUGGACAAUCCCGGGGAUCAGGAGUGGACUGAUUGCCUCCGCUGAGGCGCAGAAACCUGACGAACCGGCUACUCCCUGGUUGCUUUGGCCGAGGCACGGGAACCUGUUCACCCAGCUGAGGCAUUGGAGCCUAUCGAGCCUGCUGAGGCAUGGGAGGCUGUCGAGCCAGCUGAGGCAUGGGAGCCUAUCAAACCCGCUGAGGGAUGGGAGCCUGUCGAUCCCGCUGAGAUGCGCUGCUUUUGAUGUGUUUGACCACGAGUUCAACAAGACAGUGGAUGUCAGGGAGAUAGGCACUAUCAUCCGCUCCUUAGGCUGCUUCCCUAACGAAGGGGAGCUACAUGACGUCAUAGCAGAGAUUGAGGAGGAGGAGCCGACAGGAUACAUCCGCUUUGAGAAGUUCCUCCCCACCAUGACCAAGGUUCUAAUGGAGCGCAAGUUCCGGCCCAUCCCAGAGGACCUGAUGCUCCAGGCCUUUGAGGUUCUAGAUAAGCAGAAAAAGAGACAUUUGGAACUGGAGGAGCUCACAAAGUACAUGACACAGGAAGGAGAGCCCUUCACCCAGGAAGAGAUGGAGGAGAUGUUGUCAGCUGCAAUGGACCCUGACAAGAACCUCAUCUUCUACAAAGACUUUGUUAGCAUGAUGUCCGUGGAUGACCCCAGAUAGACUCUCAAUCACACACACACACACACACACACACACACACACACACACACACACACACACACACACACACACACACACACACACACACACACACACACACACACACACACACACACACACACACACACACACACACACACACACACACACACAUAGACAUUCCUGCUGGGAGUAAUGACAAAUGUAAUGUUGUCUUGCGUAAUUGUUAUAUUAUUAUAGUCUAAUA